AUGUCUGCCAGUGGUACCAGUACGCCUGUCAGUAGUACCAGUACGCCUGUCAGCAGUACCAGUACGCCUGUCAGUAGUACCAGUACUGUCAGUGGUACCAGUACGCUGUCAGUAGUACCAGUACGCCUGUCAGUAGGUACCAGUACGCCUGUCAGUGGUACCAGUACGCCUGUCAGUGGUACCAGUACGCCUGUCAGUAGUAACAGUACGCCUGUCAGUGGUACCAGUAUGUCUGCCAGUGGUACCAGUACGCCUGUCAGUAGUAACAGUACGCCUGUCAGUGGUACCAGUAUGUCUGCCAGUGGUACCAGUACGCCUGUCAGUAGUAACAGUACGCCUGUCAGUGGUACCAGUAUGUCUGCCAGUGGUACCAGUACGCCUGUCAGUAGUAACAGUACGCCUGUCAGUGGUACCAGUAUGUCUGCCAGUGGUACCAGUAGGCUACGCCUGUCAGUAGUAACAGUACGCCUGUCAGUGGUACCAGUAUGUCUGCCAGUGGUACCAGUACGCCUGUCAGUAGUAACAGUACGCCUGUCAGCAGUACCAGUACGCCUGUCAGAGGUACCAGUAUGUCUGCCAGUGGUACCAGUACGGCUUGUACCAGUAGGUAUGUCUGUCAGUGGUAACAGUACGGCUGCCAGUGCACCAGUACGGCUGCCAUGA